AAACUGCUGUAAAAUGGCAGAAGCAAAUAUUUCAGUCGCUCAGGACCAGUUCAGCUGUCCAAUCUGUCUGGAACUACUGAAGGAUCCAGUUGCUGUUCCAUGUGGACACAGUUUCUGUAUGGUGUGUAUCAGCAACUGCUGGGAUCAGGAGGAUGAUAAGGGAACAUACAGCUGUCCACAAUGUAGAGAAACCUUCACUCCAAGACCUGUCUUGAGUAAAAACACCAUUCUGUCUGAAGUUGUGGAGAAACUGAAGAAAACAGAACUUCAAGCUCCACAACCUGCUCACUGUUUUGCUGGACCUGAAGAUGUGGAGUGUGAUGUCUGUACUGGAAAAAAACACAAAGCUGUUAAAUCCUGUCUGGUGUGUUUGGCCUCUUACUGUGAAACUCACCUCCAGCCUCACUAUGAAUCUCUUGCUUUUAAGAAGCACAAGCUGGUUAAAGCCUCCAGACGACUCCAGGAGCAGAUCUGCUCUCAGCAUGAUAAACUGCUGGAGGUUUACUGUCGUACUGAUCAGCAGUGUAUCUGCAUGUUGUGCACCAUGGAUGAUCAUAAAGGACAUGAUACAAUAUCAGCUGCAGCAGAAAAAACUGAGAAACAGAAGAAGUUGGAGGAGAUACAGAGAGAAUCACAGAAGAGAAUCCAGAACAGAGAGAAGGAGAUUCAGAAGCUGAGAAAAGCUGUGGAGUCUCACAGGAGCUCUGCACAGACAGCAGUGGAGAACAUUGAGAGAAUCUCUACUGAACUGAUCAGCUCCAUUAAGAGAAGAUGCUCUGAAGUUACAGAACUAAUCAGAGAUCAGGAGAAAGCUGCAGUGAGUCAAGCUGAAGAAUUCAUGAAGCAACUGCAGCAAGAGAUUGAGGAGUUACAGAGGAGAAAUGCUGAACUGGAGGAGCUUUCACACAGUGAAGAUCCCAUCCAUUUCCUCCAGACUUUCCAGUCUCAUUUGGUCUCUGCUGGUCCUGCAGAAUCACCCACCAUCAAAUUAAAUCCUCUAAUCACUUACAAGGGUGUAACAAAGUCCAUGUCUGAGCUCAGAGAGAAACUAGAGGAAUUUUGUAAAGAGGAGAAUGAGAAGAUAUCAUGUGGAGUGAGAAAAAUCUGGAUGAUUUCUUCACCUGAACCACAAACCAGACGAGAGUUUCUACAAUAUUUCUGUCAGUUCACACUGGAUCCAAACACAGUAAAUAAACACCUCCGUCUGUCUGAGAAGAACAAAGUGGUGACCUGCAGUGGAACAUUACAGUCGUAUCCUGAUCAUCCAGAUAGAUUUGAUUAUUACUCCCAGGCUCUGUGUAGAGAGAGUGUGAGUGGACGCUGUUACUGGGAGGUGGAGUGGAGUGGGAAUAUUGGGGUUUCUAUAGCAGUGUCAUAUAAAAGCAUCAGCAGGAAGGAAGUUGCUAAUAAGUGUGUGUUUGGAUGGAAUGAUCAUUCUUGGAGUUUGUUCUGUUCUCAAUCCAGAUUUUCAUUCUGGCACAAUAGUAAAGGAAAUGAAAUUCCCAUAAUGCAGAGUUCUACUAGAAUAGGAGUGUAUGUGGAUUACAGAGCAGGAACUCUGUCCUUCUACAACGUCUCUGAUACAAUGAAGCUUCUCUUCAGAGUUCAGACCACGUUCACUCAGCUCCUCUACCCGGGGUUUUUGGUUUGUAAUGGGUCGACAGUGAAACUGUCAUCCUGAAAUUAGAUAAUUAUGCUUGGGUGGUGCAGCACCAUCCCAGCCCACAGCGUGUUCCUCUGUACAUCUCUGCUGUUUGGUAAAAAAAAAAAAGUGUUGGCAACUGUGCUAGCUUGUUGCUUACUUGGCAUGGAUGUUUCCCAUCUUUAAUUGGGAGGGAAAAAAAGAGAAAAAUCCAAAGUUGUGUAAACCCCAAACAUAUUUAAAUAUAUUGUUGAGUCUCUCGCUGCCUUCAAAAGACGAUUAAAAACCUUCAUUAACUCUUUACUAAGCACUUAAGCUGACAUGUACUUACUAAUGCUCUUAAAAAAACAACAACAACAAAAAACAUUUUUUCUAACAGGGUUUCAGCAGAUUUGUAUUCUUGAACUGCUAUCUACUUAAACUAGAGUAGAAUGAUUUUUACUAUGCAAUCUCUUCUGUAAGUCGCUCUGUUUAAAAGUGUCUGCUACAUGCUGAAAAUGUACAACCCCAAAUCAGAAAAUGUUGGGACAGUAUGAAAAUGCAAAUUAAAAUAAAAUCAAAUGACUUUUAUUUGAUUGCAGAUAGUUUAAACCCAAGAUAUUUCAUGUUUUGUCUGCUUAACUUCAUUUCAUUUGUUAAUAUACUUAUAUCAUGUAAUGAAUAUUAAGUUGUUAUUUCACCUAAUGGACAGUGUGUUUGUUGUAAUUGACUGUGUGUGCUAAGUUGUUGAACCUAUCAGGUGUUUAAAUCUCUCUUGUAGCAGUUUGUAUUAGGAAAUAGCUUUUAUAAUUGUAUGCACUUCUUUUGUGAGCCAACUUAGAAUGCUCAUGUUGAGGCUGAGCUUGUGGCACCACAAGUGGUUGGUCUCUGUGGUGUGCAACAGGAAAAGUAUCCAAUUCCAUUAUUCUCGUAAAAGGGCUGGUUGCUUAUUGCUCAUUGGUUACCCAUAACCACACCUCCCACACUCCUUAAAAAAGAGCGGUAACCAUUCUGAGCCUUAGUGAACUGCCUCUUCAUCUUUGAAGAUCUCAGAGUUCAUAGUCCCGAUUCACUAACUGGUGAAUUACCAAGGUGCGCCAUAUCUUACAUUCGUAGAAAAUUGGUCAAGUUUAGUGCGCUGGUCUACUGGACACAAUCAUUAGCACCUGAAACUUUGCCACUGACCAAGGUAGAGUUUGAACAUACAAUCCUAAUGAUGCACGUAGGGAGCAAAGGCUGGUCCGUGUGGUCAGAUCCAGCAGAUGAGCUACUGUAGCUCAAACUGUGAAGUUCAUGCUGGUUCUGAUAGAAAAGUGUCAGAAUACACAGAGCAUCACAGUUGCAGGGCUGUUUUGGCAGCAAAAAGGGAACCAACACAAUAUUAGAAAGGUGGUGAUAAUCUUAUGCCUGAUCGGUGUAAGUUCUUUGCAUUGACUUAUUUGUUUUGUUCCAUGAUUAAUCACUUUGUCUAUGCUAUAUUUUUAAUGUUUAUUAUAAUUAUCCAAAACGUGCACUAUGAGUUUGAUUCUCAGGAGAGAGGAAUAAUCGACCUAACAAACAGAAAGUGACUGAUCUGUUAUGAAUUUGGUUUUCUGGUUAUCUGGUAAUUUUCUCCUCAAAAAUGCCAGUGGUGCUCUGUGAUUUAUUAUGUACUAGUAAUUAUAUAAUGAAUUAACUAAUGGCUUUCCCCAUAUGACACAACAAAAAUGAUUCUAUACAAAUGUGGGUUUGGGGUUAUACAAUAUGAUUCUGCAAUGUAUAGCAUCUAAUAUUCUACUGUAUCUAAUAACAACCAAUAAACUUUACAGUAAUCAA